UAUACUAUAGAUCGGGGCAGAGGUAUAUAAAGAUCGGGACCCCGGCAGAGGUAUACUAUAGAUCAGAGCAUCGGCAGAGGUGUACUAUAGAUCGGGACACCGGCAGAGGUUUAGCAGACUAUAGAUCAGAGCAUCAGCAGAGGUACUGUACCUGCUCUAACAUUCCUCUCCAGUGACAACCAUACUGGCAGGUGGGGGAUUUGUUGUCAGGCAGGGUGGGUGACGUCCAGCCCACAGCACUGUAGGUUAUGAGGUGAGAGUGGCUUCCUUGUCCCUUCCCCAUUCUCUCCCAUCCCCUCCCCCGUCUCUCUUCCCAGCAUGUCUCGCUGGCUAUUCCCAUGGUCCAGCUCCAUCAAGACGCGGGCCUGCAGGUAUCUUCUGCAGCAUUACCUGGGUCACUACCUGGAGGAGCGGCUGAGCCUGGAGCAGCUGAGUUUGGACCUUUACAAUGGAAGUGGACGUCUCACGGAUAUACAUCUCGAUAUCUGGUCAGUGAACGACCUCCUGGACUCGGCGGGGGCUCCACUUGAGAUUAUUGAUGGAUUCAUCGGCAGUAUCUCUGUUACGAUCCCAUGGUCGGCACUUGUCACUGAAAACUGUACAUUGGAAGUAUCCAAACUGCAGGUUACAUGUCGUCCAAAGUACAGAGCGGCUUCUGGUGGAGCAGAGUCCCACAGCUGGUCCUCAUGUAUGACCACCAGCAUGCAACUGGCCCAGGAGUGUCUAAAAGAACAAGCAGAGGAGCCUUCUGAACCACCACAGCCUAUUGAAGGUCUGGAGAUGUUUGCCCAAACUAUAGAGACAGUGCUGCGGAGGAUUAAGGUGAUCUUUUUAGAUACUAUUAUCAGGAUUGAGAAUAUGCCAGUAGACUCUGACACAGGAACAGCUCUUGAAAUACACAUCAAAAGACUAGAUUAUUGUGAUGAGGCAGUUAGAGAUUCAGGUCCUUCUUUUCCUGUGGAUAUUCAUCAGCCUCCAGCAUUCAUCCAGAAGAUUCUGCAGCUCAGUGGUGUGUCCCUUCACUAUGAGGAGUUCAAAAACCGAGAACGCUCACCUUCACCCGCACCUGUCCCUGAGGACCCACCUUCAUCUUUAAAGCAAACAGAGCAAGAGUCCUUGCAUCCCGCAGGGGCUCCUAGUGGACCUACGCAGCCCUCACCGCCCAGCUCUCCAACUCUCCAAAUCGGCAGCUGCUCUGGUUGCACAGAACUGAUUAUCAAACUGAAGCAGAAUGAUGUGUUUCCGGGACCAAAGCUUGAUAUUGAUGGGAAACUUGGGUCACUACAUUUGUUCCUGAAUCCAAGUCAGAUAGCUAACUUGCAGCAAUUACUGGAUGCCUUGAGUAUUUCAGAAUCAAGCAGUAUUAGGGAAAAGCUGCUGAAAAGUCGGCCUCUGGACAUGGAGGAUUUGAAGCUGAUUGAACAAGACUUGAACCAGCAGCUGCAGUCAGGACCUGGAUCUUUCUGCAUUCCAGACCCUGAGCUUGUACCCUUCCAGACGUUGGAGAAUGGAGACAUGUUCUUUUCAAUGGCGGCUUUGACAAACAGUGUUACUUCUAUUCGGUCUACAAUGGAAUUGUCAGAUGUGGACCUUGACUCCUCUGUCCUUAGUGAUCACAGUGGUCAUCAAUUUCAAAGUCCAGCCUUCACUCCUGGGUUAAUGAUGAGCAGCCCAAGGCGGUAUGGACAUUCACCAUUUUCUGCCACAAUUCCUCCGCUACAAAACCUUCACAGGGUCCAGGGAAAACCGUCUUCCCAUUCUCCUCUGGAGCCUCUUAAACCUGAGAUGCUACUGAAGCUUACAGUGGGUGGCCUUACCAUAACUGUGCCUCACAUUCCGAGCGAUGCUGGUUCUGCGCAGGUCCUUAACGGUCAAGAAGCAGCAUGUCAUUUUUUUAAGGAGCUGGGGUACUUCAAAGACUCUGCGUUUAGUGGACGAGACUUUGGACAUCUUCGUGAGCAUUUCCAAAGAGCUUGCCAGUUGAGCAAUGUCAGGACUACAGCUUUAGCAGUCCAGAUCGUGUGUGAGCAGAGGACUGGUAAAGGUAUACAGCAGAGCACUGUGGACCUCAGCUGUGGAAUGCUGGAGAUUUCGGAAUGCCUUUGGCCAGACUAUCCUUCCAACAAGAUAAAACAUCCUGAGUAUACCGAGCUUAUGAUGUUCCAUAGUCCAGCAUCCUCUUCGCGGCCUUGUGCCCAGGUGCAUUACAAGCGGAUUCACAGGACACCAUCUAGAAGUAGUCGUAGGAAACAACCAAUUAAGGUCAGUGCGGAAAUCAGAGUGGAACUGGAAGACUUUCAGUCGGAUCUGGACCUAGGUCUCAUAGACCGUUUGGGAUCCCUCUUCCAGCAUGGAGCCCCAAAACCUGCAAGCUCUCCUGGACACUUCGACUUACACUUGAGUGAUAGCAACCCAACUCCUGAAGAGGACACCGAGAUCCAUGUGAUUGCUUCCAAAGCACAUAUACAUCUUCAGUUCCCAGUACCUGACUUGAGGCCGGUCUCUGAACGUCGUCCUUGGAAAGAAAAGGCAAUGAGGAAAGAACGUCUUGAGAUGGAAGUGACUGAUCUGGAGAUUAAAUCACACAGUAGAAGUAGUACAGAGGAGCCUAGCAAAAUUGAAAUUACUUUCAGUGACUUACAUGGUGUGUAUACUGAUGGGGAAGAUCUGCGUGUUCCUUGUAUGAAGAUCAGUAAAGGAUUGGACCCCAUGGCCAAAGCCACUGGAAAGAAAUUUGUCUUCCCCAGCAUCUUAGUCACCAUACGUCCUGAAACCAAAAGCUGUCCAUGGGACAUGGGCCAGGACAAGGUUGAUGACCUUGAUCUUUCAUCUGUGGAAAGUCCUUGUGAACUAAAACAGCCUGAGCCCUCCCCUUUCUCCUCUAAGCGGACAAUGUUUGAAACGGAAGAGAUGGUAAUCCCUGCUGAUCCAGAGGAGAUGGCAGACUUCCAGCAAGUGACAUUAGCAUCCUCCCAAUAUACACUUGAGGUGACGCUUCCCCAUGCUCACAUAUUCCUUCCCAGCAAAGAUGUGUAUGAAAACCUAUACAACAGGCUGUGCAAUGAUCUUCUGAUGUGGGAACCUAUGGCCCCGUUUGAUGUGCCCAUGACUGACUCCUUGUUUCCUAAUGAGACACUUUCCAGAUCUGGGUAUCAGCCAGACACAUUUCGCAUGUGCAAAUCUGCUUUUAGACUGGACUCUGAUUCCGAGGAUGAAGACUCCCAUUUCUACUCUGUAGAUGAGAUUGCCAAGGCUAGGAAAGGCAACCAAGAAGGUCUCAGUUUUUUUUCUGCUUCUGUCAACAUUUUGCGAGGGCGCAUCACAGCUUGGACGGAAUCAAAGAGUGAAGGAAGCAAGAAGCUGGAUGGUCAGCAUGGUGAGGUAGUUCUGGAUGUAGAAAAUGGCCGUAUCUUCAGUGUCUCCAAGCACAAAGGAAGAGUGGAUCUUAGCUAUCUGUGUAUUGAGUCUGACACCAUAUCACUUUUUCAUAAAGCAACUGUAGAGGACUACCUAGCACCAAGUAGUUUAGAAAUACCCACAUUUGUACCGCCUGAAAACCUGAACCCAACGAUCUAUGUCUCGGAAGAGGGUGUUUCUGCACAGUUGCCAUCAAGCAGAAAAGAAAAGAACUUAAAGAUGCUUUCUCUGGCUGUCCGCAUUGACUUAAACCUUGUGAAAAACGUCAAGGAGUUCUUGGUAGCUCUGAGGCUUGAUGGUGCUACUUUACGUCACUACAUGGCAAUGCCAGACCAAAGCUGGUAUAGUCAAAUUAUGGACUUACUAGAUGUAGUUGAUGAACCUAUCUUGGGAUACACUCCACCAGCUGUUAUCACCAUACUGCACACUCAUCUCUUCAGCUGUGCUGUGGAUUACAGACCGCUCUACCUCCCUGUCAGAGUUUUGCUCACAGCAGAAACAUUUACUCUAUCCAGUAACAUUGUAGUGGAUACAGCUACCUUCCUACUCAGGUUUAUUUUAGAUGAUUCUGCUUUAUAUCUGUCAGACAAAUGUGAAGCUGAUGUGACCGAUUUAAAAAAAGAUUUUGUCUGUGUCUUGGAUGUUGAUCUCUUGGAGUUGGUCAUCACAACAUGGAAGGGGAACUCCUCCUCCAAGCUGACUCAACCUCUCUUUGAACUGCGCUGCUCCAACAACGUGCUCCACAUUCAUACCUGUGCAGAUUCCUGUGCUAUGCUUGUCAACCUUAUCCAGUAUGUGAUGAAUAAUGGGGACCUGCAUUGCCCCCCCAAACCUGAGCCACCGACUGAGAUUGCAGGACAGAAACUGCAGCCUCCAGAAGGUCCAUCCUCACUACCUCCAUGCUUGCCUGCAGAGACUGCUCAGAUCAACCAGGGAGACUUAACAGAUGCUCUUAUAGAUACAGGAAGGAAUGGCAGAGAUCACUCAGAAUCAGGUGAACCUUUUCUUCGUCAGAAUUCCCCAGUGUCUGUGUACCUCUUCCCUGAGGAAGCUGCAUUAGAAACCAGAACUGAUAUCAUUGCCCCAUCUCCCCCACCCCCUGAUUCACGGAUUUCACAGGAAAGUCUUGCAGCAUCAGACACAAGUGGGGACAGUGAGCUGACAGACACAGAUGAUUUCUGUAUCCUUGAUGCACCUGGAAUUGGAGUGCCGCCAAAAGAUGGAGAGCCGGUGGUAAGAAAGCUAGUGGACAGCCCAAUUUGGGUGAAGGAUGGACAUUUUUCUAGACCUAUUGGCAGCACUGACUUGCUAAAACCUCCAGCUAAAUUCCCUGUGCCAGAAACCCGUAUAGUACUGAGAGAGAUCUCUGUGGUGUGGCACUUGUAUGGAGGAAAGGAUUUUGGCAGCAGUCGGCCCAACUCUGCCAGGGCACAGUCACCAAGGUCAAGAGCAAGCAUGACAAAUGCCCGUGGUUCCCCUUCCCGAUCUUCUGUUACCAAUCGCCCACAGAACACAUGGAGGACCCAAGGAGGAAGUGGCAGGAUUCAUGACAUAUUAAUGGAGAUCCAGUUGACCAAAGUGAGUUUCCAACAUGAAUCAUACCCGGCACCCUCCAGCGCAGGGCUAGAGAAGCUCCACGCAGGGGAGGGCACAGAAGUCCCUCUUGCACGUCAAGUGUUUAUAGUCCAGGAGCUGGAGAUCAGAGAUAGGCUGGCUUCAUCCCACAUCAACAAGUUUCUGUAUUUGUACACCAGUGAAAAAAUGCCCCGUAGGGCGCACUCCAACAUGCUCACCAUUAAAGCUCUCCACGUUCAUCCUGAGGCUGGCUUGGGAGGUCCUGAGUGUUGUCUUCGAAUGUCCCUAAUGCCCCUUCGCCUGAACAUUGAUCAGGAUGCUCUCUUUUUUCUGAAAGACUUCUUCACCAGUUUGGCCUUUGGUAUUCAACCUGUGGUUCCCAUGGAGCUAGGUUCAGAUGUCAUGCGUUCAGACAGCCAUUGCAAGCAAAGUGCCUCAGAGUAUGAAUCAGGACUGGAAAACUCAAUGGAUUCAAAUGAGGAGGACACAUCAUCUGUGAGCUCAGCAUCUGAUCAACCCAUUUAUUUCAGAGAAUUUCGCUUCACGUCAGAGGUACCAAUAUGGCUAGACUAUCAAGGCAAGCAUGUAACCACAGAACAAGUGGGUACAUUUGCUGGAAUAUUAAUAGGACUGGCCCAAUUAAACUGUUCUGAACUGAAGCUGAAAAGACUGUACUGCAGACAUGGACUUCUUGGAGCAGAAAAGGUUUACUCCUAUGCUCUCAAUGAGUGGCUGACUGACAUCCGAAAGAACCAGCUACCAGGAAUUCUGGGAGGAGUCGGGCCUAUGCAUUCAGUUGUACAGCUAUUCCAUGGGGUACGUGAUCUUUUCUGGCUACCUAUUGAACAAUACAGGAAGGAUGGGCGCAUUAUCCGUGGCUUACAGAGGGGGGCAGCAUCUUUUGGUACCUCUACUGCUUCAGCAGCCCUAGAACUCAGCAACCGGCUAGUGCAAGCUAUUCAGGCUACGGCAGAGACUGUUUACGAUAUUUUGUCUCCGACACCCCCCGUAUCACGCUGCUACCUUGAUUCUAGGCAGUCUCGCAGACUGAGAAGAGGGCAGCAGCCGGCAGAUCUCAGGGAAGGUGUAGCAAAGGCCUAUGAUACUGUACGGGAGGGUGUCAUUGACACAGCACAGACUAUACGUGAUGUAGCAUCUCGUGGGCAUGAACAAAAGGGUCUGACUGGUGCUGUAGGCGGUGUCCUUCGACAGAUCCCACCCACUGUGGUGAAGCCAUUUAUAGUGGCCACUGAAGCUACAUCAAAUCUCCUCGGGGGCAUGCGAAACCAGAUUCGGCCUGAUGCUCACAAAGAGGAUUCUUUCAAGUGGAGAGCAGAUGAAGGACAGGAUUGAAGACUUAAAAUCCUUGCCUCCCCACGCCUUCCACUCUUACCCUAUAAAGUGCCAAAGGAAAGCUGCAAUAUUUGACAUUGCCUGGAAUAUGCUGGGUCUGUGAAUCAAACUGUAUGCCACUGCAUGAACAUGCCGAAUAACAGCUUGGACGGUUAAAGUCCCUACCCAAAUACUUGAUUCUAAACCAUAUGCCUUUUUGUGUUAGAGGUUUUUUUUUUUUACUUGUUCGCCCGUCAUAAUCUUCCUAACAUUUUAAGAUAAGCUCAGCUUUUCUGUUGGUUGAUCUUCUAUCAUGCAGUGACUUCAGUAGAUAAUAAGCACUUUCCGUUCGCAGUUGUGGCCUUGAUGCGCUGACCCCUAAUCUUACAAGAGAAUCCAAUUUUAUCCUUUUUAAUAUUGAAGAAACAGCACAACAUGGGACUGUUUGACCCCAAGGAAGGACUCCGCACACGCCUUAUAGGCUUUGAUCCAUCACAGAAUGUGGCUUUUAUAAUCCUAUCUCUUCCCUUAAUGCUUUCUUCUGAUUGAGGCCAUAUAAGUAUAAAUAAUAUAUAUAUAUAUGUAUAAAUAAACAAUGUAAAGAAUUCCCAGUGACA